UCUUGCACAAUUAACGCAGUCUUUCGGUGGGGAGUGACGCAGAGUCGCGCUACUUAGUUUCUUCGUAAUUUACACAAAAUCUGUUUCAUUUGCACGACAGAAUUUAUCGCUUUUAUUCUUCAAGCUCAUCGACGACGAACUGCAGAACCGGAACAAGUCAAUGUGAUUUCGCGCGCUCCGGGAGCAAAAUCCUCUCACAUGUCGAUAUUGAUGCGGUAGGGGAUAAAUAAAGAUGCCGCAGCCGAAAUCGAGAAAGAUCGCCGUCCUGGGAUACAGAUCCGUCGGUAAAUCUUCUUUGACAAUACAGUUUGUGGAGGGCCAGUUUGUCGACUCUUAUGAUCCCACUAUUGAAAACACGUUCACUAAGAUGAUAACGGUGAAUGGACAAGAGUAUUCACUACAGCUGGUGGACACCGCCGGUCAGGAUGAAUACUCAAUCUUUCCUCAGACGUACUCAAUAGACAUCAACGGUUACAUUCUGGUGUAUUCAGUCACAUCAAAUAAAAGUUUUGAAGUAAUUAAAGUUAUCCAUGAGAAGUUGUUGGAUAUGGUUGGGAAAGUACAAGUACCCAUAAUGCUGGUGGGCAAUAAGAAAGAUCUUCACAUGGAACGUGUGAUCAGUUGUGAAGAGGGGAAAGCGUUGGCAGAAUCAUGGAACGCAUCCUUCAUGGAGUCUUCAGCGAAAGAGAACCAGACGGCCGUAGAGGUGUUUAAGAGGAUAAUCCUGGAGGCCGAGAAGAUGGACGGUGGAGCUCCACAGGGUCGGACGUCUUGCGCCGUGAUGUAGAUAACCCUGACCUCUCUGACAUGCCCCGCCCCGCUCCCACAGUCUGCCCCGCCCACCAGAGAACAGCACAAACUUUUCUAGCAAGCAUGUUUGUUUUUUUCUGGUGUUUCGGGUUAAUCCAGCAGCUGUGCUUUGUUUUGUUUUUUUUGGUCUGUUUUAUGGUGAAGAAAAGGCUUAGCUUCGGAAUUACAGGAUUUGAACAGGGUUACAGACACUUAAUAUGAGAUGUUUGCUAGAAAAGUCUGUUUACAGACCCCACCGCACCCCUUUCCCCCUCCGCCCGCAGCUGCACCACAGCACUGGACACUGGGAAAUCCCUCUACUUGAAGUGGCUAGCUGCCUGUUUUUCUCCAUAAAAGUUUGGCUUUUCCUUUUAAACUUUUUAUACUUCAUUUCACCUUCGUUUUAAGUUUUUAGUUCAUCGUGUUUUUUUUCCUUCAAGUUUUAUUCAUUUGGGAGAAGCCCAUUCUCUGACAUGAACCCACAUCUGCUUUCUGCCUCAUCCCUGUUCUUCAUCAUCGGCCUUAUGUCUUCAUUUACCUCUUUUCUACCUCUCAUCUUCCUCGCUGUCUCAAACCCUGACAAAUUUGUAUAUGGUGUUUCUUAAACGGUAAUUAUAGCCAAUAAAGUCGCAGCGUUUAGGAGUGAAUGUUGUUGAACUUUUUUGAUUGUAAUCAUUAAACGCAGCGUUUUGUUUCACUACA